UGUGGGCGAACCUCCCAUUUCGACCCAAUACUUUCCAUAUCAUCCCUGGAAGAAUUCUCAUCGGGAGUUUUUAAGCGAGGCCUCCCCAUCAAGUCCUUGCUUUUGGACCAGACGUUUAGUGUGGGAGUCGGCAAUUGGGUUGCUGAUGAGUUUCUGUUUCAUGCUCGAAUCCAUCCCGAAUAGAGAUCUAAUAAUUUGGGGGAGAACCAGGUCAAGGAAUUGUAUGAAAAGAUGCAACAAACUGCUGUAGGAGUUGACACUGAUUCGUCACAGUUCCCUGAACACUGGCUAUUCAGGCACCGCUGGGCGAGCAUAAACUCAUAAACGAGUCUUGGGGGGUCCACACAAUCUUAUUGAUUUUCCAUUAGGGGAAAGGGAAAGGGAAUUCUUCGGACCUGAAGUUGGUAGGUUCACCACUUUGGGGUGUUGUCGCACCUCGCCGACAACGAUCCUGCGAACUCAGCCGUUUGGCGAGCCAGGGUUGAUCAAGUGGAUCACUGUCAGCUCUCCCACGUCCGCAUUCGUGCCCAAGGUCCAAGUA